GUCAUAGUUCUCCAGGUUUAGGCACCGCACCACCGGCAUCAGAUCAGCCUUGUGCUCCUACGAAACCGCCACCAAAAUGCGCGCGCGACGGUUCCAUUUCUGCCGCCCCAUUUCGUUCCCGUUCCCAGACGGAGGGCGAGGCCGUUGGGAUCGCAUCCGCGGAGGCAAGCAUGACUGGCACAAUAAAGGUCCACAAUGUCUCGCUUAAUGCAUCAGAGCAAGAUAUUAGCGAGUUCUUUUCUUUCUCUGGUGACAUAGUAUACGUCGAACUGCAAAGUUGUGAUGAGCGGUCACAGUUUGCCUACAUCACGUUUGGAGAUAAUCAAGGAGCAGAGAGGGCUAUGCUUCUUACGGGUGCGACGAUAGCAGAUAUGGCUGUCAUCAUCACACCAGCCACUGAUUACAAGCUGCCGACAUCUGUUUUAGCUGAUUUAGAGUCAAAAAAUGCUGGUGGCAUGGAAUCUGCCCUUCGGAAGGCAGAGGAUAUUGUCGGUUCUAUGCUAGCCAAAGGAUUUGUUCUUGGCAUGGAUGCUGUUGAAAAGGCGAAGGCUUUUGAUGAAAAGCAUCAGCUCACAUCGACUGCAACUGCCAAAGUCGCUUCCCUUGACAAAACAAUGGGCCUAAGCCAGAAAUUCAACACCAGUACCAUAGUUGUGAAUGAGAAAAUGAAGGAAAUGGAUGAGAAAUACCAGGUUGCAGAGAAGACCAAGUCAGCAAUAGCUGCUGCUGAACAGACCGUCUCAACUGCCAGUUCUGCUAUCAUGAGCAACAGGUAUGUCCUUACAGGGGCAGCAUGGGUAACUGGUGCCUACAACAAGGUUGCAACCACGGCAACUGAUGUUGGCGCUAAGGCAAAGGAAAGGAUGGUGGCCGAGCAGGAGGGAGAGCAUCGAGACCGUGAACUCGAUAGGACUCAUUUGCCUGAAAGCUCCGAAGCGUAUGAGCAAGAGUGCAGGCUUCAGGAAGGCUCUGGAAAUCUAGGAAGUCCUGAAACAACUCAGCAGGAGAGCAAGCACCAAGAGGGUGAACGUCAAAUGAGUAACGUGCCAGGCAACACUGAAACGGUUAAAGACCAGCCCAAAAAUCAGGAGGGUGAAAUCGCAGUGGCCCAUGUGCAAGAAAACACUGAUAUAGUUGAGGAGCCUAACCACAAUGAGACUGAACUAUGCAAGUCCAAUAUUCCAGACAGCCUUCUGAUGGCUGAACAAACUGAGCAGGAGCACAAGCAACCGAGUGGUGAGUUUGCCAAGACCCACGUCCCUGGAAGCCCUGUCACUAUUCCAGUCACCAUGGCCACUAUUGACGGAAAUUCUAGCAACAGUCCCAAGAAGCCUGAAUCUGCCCAGGGAUUUCUGUAAUAUACAUACGAUUAGAGUGACAACAAUAGUUUCUUUCAGUUCUUGCUAUUGGAUCUGCUAUCCUACAGGCUUAAUUGUUUUCAGGCAAUGUUAGUUUUCCUUCAGCUUUUGAUGUUGGAUUUGCCAUCCUUUAGUGUUGUUUUUAGGCAAUGAUAGUUUCAUUUAGCUCUUAGCUGUUGAAUGUGUCAUCCUUCAAUGAUGUUUUCAGACAUAAUGGAGGUGAUAAUUUUGUACUAACAAUCAAUUGGUGUUCUUUGGGUAUUAUUAUCGUGAAGCUGCAACUUGAGUUGUCUUCUAAA